AUCGCGGGAAAUUGCGAUAACAUAAAUUGUUGUAGCAACAAGGUAUAAAGAACGAUGUCAGAUAUCCAUUCUACUGCAUUCCGUUACGAUGCUGUGUGCAAAGAACUUGGUAUUGAUCCUAAUCCAUACUUUGUGACAAUGUUUGAGAAGGAAAAAGAGGAUACAGUUUUGAGGAAACAGAAAGGUGAAAUCAAAGACACCAUGCAUUUGUAUUUGGCGGGAAACAACAAGCUUCUGACUGACAAGCGCCUGGAGGACAAAGAUUGUGAAGUUCUGUACAAGCUUCUACAAAACAAUGUGUUUGUGACCAGUUUAGACCUUCGCUACAAUAACCUUACAGAUGAAGGAAUCAAAUUCUUGGCAAAACUGCUUGAGUGUCUAUCUUGUCGUGUUGGUAAGGUAUUUAUCUGUUCCAAGCAAGAAUUCUUAGAAAUGUCUAGCAACUUAUCACACAAUGUUGUUUAUCUCUACUGCCUGCGGGUACACAUCCCAUCUCCCAGUCUAUGUCACCUAAAUUAA